UAAAAUUCCAAAAUAGGAAUGACGUGAUAUUUACUGGUAUUACCAGUAGUAUUACCUGUUACUGUACCUGUAAAUGCACAGGCGACUGUGGUCCGAGAUACCAGCCUAGACUGUCAUUCACAGUACAGCCGGACCCUGAUUAACUUUGUCGGUGAAAACUGUUAUUUAUUCGGUGUUUCAGGCAGUCGCAGACAUGUCCAACCUCAAUAAGAUACUCGGCGGCGGGGAGAGGGUGAGGAAGACUACUGGCCAACAGGCGGGGAUCCCGGAGCUUACAGAGACCGAGGAGCGGCUGCUGAAAAAGAGAGAAUUUCUGAAAGAAAAGAUCGAGCAGGAGCUUCUGUUUACCAAGAAAAACAGCAGAACGAACAGAAAAUUGGCUCUGGAGGCGCUGAUGAGGAAGAUGCGUCACGAGAAACAACUUGAAAUCACUGAUUGUGCUUUGACGGCCAUGACAGCUGCUCAGAAAAACAUAGAAUUUGUCCACAAAGUGACCGACCUGAUGAAGGAGCAUCAUGUGACUGAAGACAUACCAGACAGCAUCUGCUCCUCUGCAGGCAUGGAAGUGGAAUUUGAUGAGGAUGUGCUGCUGGCAGAGCUGGAGAAGCUGCAGGAGAAUCUGGACGAGAGUCUCUUUGAGAUGGAUGGAAAAGAGGACAGAGUGUCGUCACUGCAGCUGUCCACCGAAUCACCUUCAUCUCCUGCCGAGAUGGACGAAGAGGAGAUUGAAGAACAGCUGGAAUAUCUUCAGCGUUGGGCGAGGGAACCUUUAGAGACACAACAAAAGCACACCGACGUUUAGAAGACGAGAAUGAAGCGCCGGAUGGAAUUAAAACUCAGCAAUUAAACAUUACUGUUUGUGAGUUUUUUUGUGUUUUUUGGGGACGUUUGUCAUCGUUGCCCUUCAGUAAAGUCAGGAGAAUCACUGAAUGUGUUGAACUAAACCAAUCAGAACUGCAGAAAUCCAAUUGUAGGGAGGUGUUGCGUCAUUAAUUGAUCCACUUUGACGUCACUAAACGACUUCAUGAUGCUAUUUAUGUUUGUCAGCAUGCAUGGUGUCCUUUCUGUCGAACUGCAGCCACUGUUUCAUCUGGUUCCUACUUUAAAAACCUUCUCAACGGUGUUUUUAUAUAAGUUUAUCUCACUUUCUGCAGUGUGUAGCUGCAAGGUUCUCUUCAGGUUAGCUGUUAGCUGUUAGCUGUUAGCUGUGGAGUUACUGUUUCUAAUCGUUUAAUUUUAUUUUUAAAAAAAAUAAACACUUAA